AUGGCACAACCCAAUCUCGAUGAACGCAUCCAAAUCGACACAAGCGAUGACGACUCCCUCUUCGAAACCCAAACCCUCGCAGGCUCAAAUCUCUCCUUUGCCUCCUCCGUCCGAGACUACAGCUACGAAAACGGUCGCCGCUACCACGCCUACCGCAAUGGUCAAUACCCCCUCCCAAACGACGAAGAAGAACAAGACCGUCUAGCGCUACUGCACCACCUCUUCAAACUUGUCUCGGGCGGGGAUCUGUACCGUGCACCAAUCCAAAGCUCCGACCCCCGUCGCAUUCUCGACAUCGGCACCGGCACCGCCGAAUGGGCCAUGGAAAUGGCCGAAGAUUACCCGCAGGCGGAUAUCAUCGGCACCGAUCUCAGCCCCAUCCAGCCGAACUGGGCACCGCCUAAUUGUCGCUUCUUUGUUGAUGAUGCCGAGAGUGAUUGGACGUUUUCGCCUGGUGAGGCGUUCGACUUUAUUCAUUCAAGGUCUAUGAGCGGUGGCAUUGAGGACUGGCCGAGGUUGCUCAAGCAGGCGUAUCAGCAUCUCAAACCCGGCGGUUGGUUUGAGGCGCAGGAGUUUGACGGUUGGGUUACUUCCGACGAUGGGUCCCAUGAGCGUGCGACUGCUAUUACUAGGUGGCAUGACUUGUUGGGUCAGGCUGGUAAGAAGUUUGGGAAGCCGAUGGAUAUCGCCCCGAAGAUGGUGCGGUGGAUGGCUGAACAGGGGUUUGCGAAUGUUACGGAUGAUAUUUAUAAAUGUCCUAUUGGUGGUUGGCCCAAGAAUCGUCGCUACAAAGAAAUCGGUCGCGUCGGCAAAAUGGUUAUCUUGGAAGCUGUCGAGCCGUACUCGCUCGCUCUCUUCACUCGAGUACUGGGCUUCUCGUACCAGGAUGCACAGGAGUAUAUGGAAAAGGUGCGAGCGGAGCUGUUGAACAACAAGAACCACCUUUAUGUGCGCUUCCAUUUUGUCUAUGGGCAGCGGCCUUUCGACGAUGAAACCAUUGAUUCCGAGGCAUCUUGA